AUGCUAUUUUUUGAUGUGUUUAAGGCGGCUGAAGAGUUGCAAGUACGACAGAAGAGGCGAAUCUAUGACAUAACGAAUGUACUCGAAGGCAUUGGACUGAUCGAAAAGAGAUCCAAAAAUAUCAUUUGCUGGCAAGGUGGGCGUCUGCCUCAGCCGGGCUGCUCCCGUGACAUGGAGUCUGAGGAAGAGAAGCAAAUUUUGAAUCGAAAAGCGGAACUGGAAAGCAUGGAAAGGCAGGAACUGCUUCUUGACACCCAUAUAAAAUGGAUGAAACAGCAAAAUUUGAAACUGGCUUAUUUGACCGAAGACGAUUUGUUGUCAGUGUUCGAAGAUAGCACGAUCAUUGCGCUGCAGGCGCCAAUGGGCACUUUCAUUGAUGUUGGAUCACCACCCAAAAUGCACGACCUCAAUGUUCGAUACUCUUUACGCCUCAAAAGUGCUUGCGGCCCCACGAAUGCGACAUUAAUUGGUGGUAUUAGCACGAUACAGAGUCACUGUGAACCGUUUGACGAUGAUUUCGAGAAGGCCGAGACAUCAGUCCAUCUGAAGUGCAAUAUAUUAUAUAUCAGCCACAACAGGGCAAUUCGACGUUUACACAAG